GAGGGGAAAGAGACUGAGAAGAAGAAGAUGAAGAGUUUUGGAAGCAUAAGAUCGAUACUCGUGCACGCGGACGGUGUAGAUUGGCUGCUGAUGGGAUUAGGGCUAAUCGGAGCCGUCGGUGAUGGCUUCACAACUCCUCUUAUUCUUUUCAUCACCAGCAAGCUCAUGAACAACCUUGGUGGUUCCUCUUCCAACACUGAAACCUUCAUGCAAAGCAUCGAUAAGUAUUCCGUAGCUUUGCUUUAUGUGGCUUGUGGAUCUUGGGUCGUCUGUUUCCUUGAAGGAUAUUGUUGGACAAGAACAGGAGAGAGACAAACAGCAAGAAUGAGAGAAAAGUAUUUAAGAGCAGUAUUAAGACAAGAUGUGGGCUACUUUGAUCUUCAUGUCACAAGCAUUUCUGAUGUUAUCACUAGUGUCUCUAGUGACAGCCUCGCUAUCCAAGACGUGCUCAGUGAAAAGUUACCGAAUUUUUUGACGAGCGCAUCAACGUUCGUUGGAAGCUACAUAGUUAGCUUUGUUUUGCUAUGGAGACUCGCCUUGGUUGGUUUACCUUUCAUUGUCCUCUUAGUGAUCCCAGGACUUAUGUAUGGUCGAGCCCUGAUGAGCAUUUCAAGAAAGAUACGCCAAGAAUACAAUGAGGCUGGUUCCAUAGCUGAGCAGGCCAUCUCCUCGGUGCGAACCGUCUACGCGUUUUCAGGGGAGAGGAAGACGAUAUCAAGGUUCUCAACCGCGCUUCAAGGGUCAGUGAAGCUAGGGAUUAGACAAGGUCUCGCUAAAGGAAUCACCAUUGGAAGCAAUGGAAUCACUUUCGCCAUUUGGGGGUUCAUGUCUUGGUAUGGAAGCCGGAUGGUCAUGUACCAUGGUGCUCAAGGUGGUACCGUCUAUACAGUUGCCACCUCUCUUGCAAUCGGCGGCCUAGCACUUGGUAGUAGUUUGUCUAAUUUCAAGUACUUCUUCGAGGCGUCUUCAGCUGGGGAGCGAAUGAUGGAAGUGAUAAACAGAGUUCCCAAGAUUGAUUCAGACAAUCCGGAAGGGCAAAAGCUGGAGAAAAUUAGAGGAGAAGUUGAGUUCAAGAACGUUAAGUUUCUAUAUCCAUCGAGACCUGAAACAUUGAUCUUUCACGAUUUUUGUAUGAGAGUUCCUUGCGGAAAAACCUUGGCUUUGGUGGGAGGAAGCGGGUCAGGAAAAUCAACUGUGAUAUCGCUUUUGCAAAGAUAUUAUGAUCCGGUUGCAGGGGAGAUUCUUAUAGAUGGUGUAUCCAUUGAUAAGCUGCAAGUGAAGUGGUUGAGGUCACAAAUGGGUCUAGUUAGCCAAGAGCCUGCGCUUUUCGCCACAUCAAUAAAAGAAAACAUAUUGUUUGGUAAAGAAGAUGCAUCUAUGGAUGAUGUUGUGGAAGCUGCCAAGGCCUCUAAUGCUCAUACUUUCAUUUCUCAGCUGCCUCAUGGCUAUGAAACUCAGGUUGGGGAGAGAGGAGUGCAAAUGUCAGGAGGACAAAAGCAGAGGAUAGCAAUAGCACGUGCAAUAAUCAAAUCGCCAAUAAUUCUUCUAUUAGACGAGGCAACAAGCGCAUUGGACUCUGAAUCAGAAAGAGUAGUCCAAGAAGCCUUAGAAAAUGCAUCGAUUGGUCGUACAACUAUUCUUAUUGCUCACCGUCUCUCCACCAUCCGUAAUGCUGAUGUUAUCUCAGUGGUCCAGAAUGGUCACGUCGUGGAAACCGGGUCACACGAUGAGCUAAUGGAAAACUUAGAUGGUCAAUACACUUCACUUGUCCGCUUACAACAGAUUGAGAAAGAAGAUGAAGACUCGGAUGUGAACAUCAACGUCAAUGUGCAUAUGGGUCCAAUAACAAAUCAUCCUAACAAAGAUUUGAAAAGUAGCUCAAGAGUCUCGAGUCUUGGCAAAUCUAGCUCUGCCAAGUUGGCUACAAGUCCAAACACUGUGAAGAUUCUUUCUAAAGAAAAUAAGCAGCCUUUACCGUCGUUCAAGAGACUCUUGGCAAUGAAUUUACCAGAACGGAAACAGGCAUUGUACGGUUGCAUAAGUGCAACCUUGUAUGGAGCCAUAAUGCCAAUAUACGCAUAUUCUUUGGGGUCGAUGGUAUCAGUGUAUUUUCUUACAAGCCAUAACGAGAUCAAGGAGAAAACAAGGAUCUACGCAUUAUCUUUUGUCGGUCUAUUCUUGCUUUCUUUCCUGCUCAGUAUCAUUCAACACUACAAUUUCGCAUACAUGGGAGAAUGUUUGACGAAACGUAUCCGAGAAAAGAUGCUCUCUAAGUUGCUAACCUUUGAAGUCGGUUGGUUCGAUCGAGAUGACAACUCAAGCGGUGCCAUUUGCUCUAGACUCGCGCAGGAUGCUAAUGUGGUGAGGUCGUUGGUUGGUGAUCGGAUGGCAUUGAUGGUACAAACCAUAUCGGCUGUAACAAUUGCAUGCACGAUGGGCUUAGUCAUAGCUUGGAGGUUAGCACUUGUGAUGAUAGCUGUGCAACCGGUGAUGAUUGUUUGCUUCUAUACUCGCCAGGUUCUACUCAAGAACAUGUCAAGAAAAGCGAGCAAGGCUCAGGACGAGAGUAGUAAACUAGCCGCAGAGGCAGUUUCCAACGUGAGAACCAUCACGUCCUUCUCAUCGCAAGAACGUAUCAUGAAAAUGCUUGAAAAGGCCCAAGAAGGCCCGAGAAGAGAGAGCAUACGUCAGUCGUGGUUCGCAGGGUUUGGGCUUGCCAUGUCGCAGAGCCUCACGGCUUGUACUUGGGCUUUGGAUUUCUGGUUUGGUGGUAAAUUGAUUGCUGGUGGUUACAUCACUGCUAAAGCUUUUUUCGAAACGUUUAUGAUCUUGGUUAGUACCGGUCGGGUCAUUGCUGAGGUUGGGAGCAUGAACACGGAACUAGCUAGAGGUUCGGACACGGUCGGGUCGGUUUUCUCUGUGUUGGAUCGGUAUACAUCAAUCAAUCCGGAGGAUCCAGAUGGAUAUGAACCGAAAAGAAUAACGGGUCGGGUCGAGUUUCUUGAUGUGGACUUCUCGUAUCCAACUAGACCGGACGUGAUGAUAUUCAGAGAUUUCUCGGUUGUUAUCGACGCCAGGAAGUCGACUGCGAUUGUUGGUCCAAGCGGGUCGGGUAAAUCGACGGUAAUCGGGUUAAUCGAACGGUUUUAUGACCCGGUAAAAGGUGCUGUGAGAAUCGACGGUCGAGAUUUGAGAUCGUAUAAUCUUAGAUCGCUUCGACGACACGUAGCUUUGGUUAGCCAAGAGCCAACGUUAUUCGCGGGAACGAUCCGAGAGAACAUCGUUUACGGAGGAGGAGUCGAUGACGAAUCAGAGGUCAUCGAGGCAGCGAAGGCAGCGAACGCUCACGAUUUCAUCACGUCGUUAUCGGACGGCUACGAUACGUACUGUGGAGACAGGGGAGUACAGUUAUCAGGUGGACAGAAACAGAGGAUAGCGAUCGCUCGAGCUGUUUUGAAGAACCCUUCGCUGUUGCUACUCGACGAAGCGACGAGCGCUUUGGACAGCCAAUCGGAGCGCGUGGUGCAAGACGCGCUAGAGCGCGUCAUGGUCGGGAGGACGAGCGUGGUGGUCGCGCAUAGGCUGAGCACGAUCCAGAACUGUGACGCGAUCGCUGUUCUUGACAAAGGGAAACUCGUUGAACAUGGGACCCACUCGUCUUUGUUGGCGAGAGGUCACACAGGUGUUUACUUCUCAUUGGUUAAUCUCCAGAGAACUUCUUGUUAAAAAUAUAUAU